CUUCCUGUGUUGCAGGCUAACUUGGCUAUUAACCCUGCGGCCUUGCUUCCUGGUGCAAUGCCCAAAGUCUCCAGUGUGAAGCCUCCCUUGCCACUUUUGGAGACUCCACUGCAUGAGCCCAGCAAUGCACAGAACAGCGAAGCCUUCUGUGCCGCAGGAAACAAUGAAGAACUCGGAGUGAGCUUUGAUCAGCCUAUGCAAGCAGAUACCUUGCACAGUGCCAAUAAGACCAGGAUCAAGGUUACAGGAAAACGGAGACCUCCUAGCAGAACAGCCCGCCGUCUGGCUGCCCAAGAGUCUGCUGAGAGUGAGGAGGUGGACAGUGCUAAGGAACUGCAGUCCUCACUACCAAAGCAGAGAUCAGUAGUGACCACAAAAGAGCCCCUUCCUACUGAACAAGAGUCCAAGGAAAACGGCUUUCUCGCUGUCUCUCCGCCAGCUCAUGGCAGCACUGUCUCUGUUGGGACAGAUAAACUCCUUUCUUCAGAAUCCACGGACCAAGGGGAUGAUCUGUUUGAAUCAGAAGACCUUUUUGCAAACAGCUCAACAUCUAGACCAGCUGUGCAAUCAAAGGCACGAGAGGGAAUGGCAGAGAGCUUAGCUAAAAAAAAAUUUAAGGAUAGGGAGGAAAAAACCAUUCUGGAUGAUCAGGACAGUGGUGAUCUCUUCCAGUCUGUACAACACACAUCUCUGAAGAAAAAUAGUCCAGUUUCAUUUUUGGAGGAGGAGGAAGAUCCUCUCUUUACCUAUCAGAAAACUGGAAAGAAGGAGCUGAAACCUGAAAGUGUUGACCCUACUGCCCAAGAUAUCUUUGAGGAUGAUAUAUUUGCUACUGAGGCAAUUAAACCAACAAACAAAGUGAAAGAAAAAAUGCCAGACACUAACCUGUUUGAUGAUAACAUUGAUAUAUUUGCGGAUCUCACUGUAAAACCAAAAGAAAAGAAGACCAAGAAGAAAGUGGAACAAAAAUCCAUAUUUGAUAUGAUAUGGAUGAUAUCUUCUCUAGCAGUGCUGUAAAGAUACCCACUCCCAGAAGUCGAUCUUCUCAGGCAGCCUCGGACAUGAAAGCUGAAAGCAAGGCCCUGAGCACGUUUGAUGACCCACUGAAUGCCUUUGGAGGCCAGUAGCCACGCUGGGGUAGGGGGUGUCGGAGAAGGAGGCCUUCUUUAUGUCUUGUCCAGUACUAAUACUCUGGAUUAUCUAAUACAAUAGAGCUUAAAUGAGAUGGCUGUGGUUAUUUAAGUGACAGGCUACCUAUUUUACAUGGUUAGUAUCUUCUUGUACUGGGUCUAAUUGUGCUUAAUAUAUAAAUAUA